UAGGAAAAGGGAGAUACAGUGGCAGAGAGUCGAGUCAGCCGGAGAUCCGUGCGGCUCGGUGACGGGAUAUCAGGCGAGAGGAGCGCACGGACGAGAGGAAAAAGACCAGGAGCGGUUCGGAGAGGAUCAACAGCAAACAAACACACAAACAAAUAAAUAAACAAUCAAAGGGAGAAAAAAAAAACCAACAAAAAAAAAAACGCCCGAGGCAGCCCACCUUCCCCAGCCUUUCAGAGACCACCUUUCUCCAGGACUGUAUAUAGCUGCGCACAAACCUCACUGAGAAAUGUCUGCCCCAGGCCCCGCCGGCGCACCCGCCCCAGAUGGAGGGAACCAGGCCCCCCCAAACCUGACCAGCAACCGCCGCUUACAGCAGACACAGGCUCAGGUGGACGAGGUGGUGGACAUCAUGCGUGUGAACGUAGAUAAGGUCCUGGAGCGAGAUCAGAAGCUCUCGGAGCUGGACGACCGGGCCGACGCGCUGCAGGCCGGAGCCUCGCAGUUCGAGACCAGCGCCGCCAAGCUGAAGAAUAAGUACUGGUGGAAGAACGCCAAGAUGAUGAUCAUCCUGGGGGUGAUAUGUGUGAUUGUGCUCAUCGUCAUCAUCGUCUACUUCAGCACCUAAAGGCCGGCGCUCCUACCCCAGUCUGCGCUCAUGACCACCCGAUUUACAACAGCUGAAUUAUCUGCCCCCACAAAGAGUGUAAAUCUGUCCCCUCGAUGAACCCUGUAACACCCCCCCCACCCCCACCCCCACCCCCCCAAUAAACCCCACCCCCCUCACAGCAGGACCCCAGUCUCUCCGUCCAUCCCCACGUCCAUCCGUCCGUCGCGUCGGUCCGUCCAUCCUGUGAGUGUGUGGUCGUGUCUCCUCUGUAAAUACGUCCCCGCUUUUUUCUGAAACGUCCUUCACAAACUCUAAAAUAUCGGCGACAGGGCGACCCCGGCGACCCCGGCGACUAUUGGGCGUAUUUAUGAUCUACCGUAUAUACACGAAUCGUCCUUUGUAGACUUUUAUUCUGAUAUUCUAACGGUUUUUUGUAGUUUGUGUGUGUGAAUGUGUGCAUUUGUACGUUCUUUUGUUUUGGUUUUGGUUUUUUUUAUUAAUUGAUUUAUUUAUUUUUGUACGACUCCUCUUUGCUUCGGCUUUGACGAACUGCCUACAGGUCUCUGUGUAUAUAUUGCACGUUCUUCCUCUCCUCCAUCCUCCUACCUUCUCUUCUUCUUCUUCUUCUUCUUCUUCUUCUGCUUACCGUUGAGUUUUAGUGAGCUUUUGCACAACCGAGAUACAAAAUCAGAACCUUUUCCGCGUCACACGACCGCCAGAUCCACCCAGCAUGUCGCUUUCCCUCCUUCGUUCCUUCUCUUUUUCUUUUUCUUACCAACGAUAGACUCGUAGCCUUUUUGUAAACUGCCACAAAAUGAUUUGGACCAAUGUCUGUAGAUGUCUUCUAUUCUUUUUAACGUCUAUUUAGUGUCUUAUCUCUCAAACAUUCCUUUAUAGCAGUGUAGGACUAUGCUGUCUAUAAACUGCAUGCAGACAUACAGGGCGUGGGUUUGCCAAUACCGUUGGGAUUUAUUGAUAAAGUCGAUUGAUCAGGCCCAGCAGAGUGAAAGCGCACACUGUGUACUGCAGUUGGGCUUUGUGAACCUACCAGUGGCCACUUUACACCACUCAAUGCAAAUUAGGGCCCAAAAAUGGCCCGAAAUCAACCAGUUUCGAUGCCAGAGAUGCUCCACGAACGUUAUUUGGAGCGGAAAUGACCAAAAAGGGGAAACGAUCGUGCACAAGAACCUCGUUUUUGAUGGCGCUUUUAAACUUGAGCGAGGCAGAACCGCGAGAAACGAGCAACUGUCUCACCAAACGCGACUCAGAUCUACGGAAAACGGAAAGUACAGCUGGGCCGGGACAUCGGCAGCAGGAUUAGGUCUGUCCUUCAAAGCACACGUCGGCCGUGAGUCGGUUGCUGGUGCUGGGUUUCUGUCUUAUUAUUACUUUUUUGUCUUAUUAAAUAGAAAUUAUGCCUUUUUAGUUUGUUUUUUAAUGUAGAAGUGGAUUAUAAUUGUAUACUGUGUGUGAGUGAAGCAGGCAGAAAAGGGACCAGGUCAUUCAGGACUUUAUUUGCUGCAGCGUGUGUGUGCGUGUGUGUGUGUGUGCGUGCGUGUGUGCGUGUGUGUGAGCGUGUGUGUGUGUGUGUGUGUGCGUGUGCGUGUGUGUGAGCGUGUGUGUGUGCGUGCGCGCCUGUUUGUUGGUUUUAGCUCUGUAGUUUAUACACUGCCAGGCACCUGGGGGGACGUUUUCUGUUUCUCUUUUUUCUUUUCUUUUCUUUUUUUCUAUCUCUUUAUUUUCGCAGUGCCCUUACCGGUUUGCUCUUAUGCACACAACCCCCCCCCCCCCCGAUCCCAGCACGCUCAGAAUUACCCAUCAUCCCCCAGUGCUCCAGUCACACAGGACACAAUCUGUCAGCAUGAAAUGAGCCUGUGAUGAUGCGUGCGGCUACACGUGAUCCCGCAUGUAAGCUGGAUGUCUCUCGCCCUCCCUCUCUCUCUCCCUCUCCUGCUCUCCUUCUCUCCCCCACCUCUCUCUCUCUCUCAGUCGCUCUUUUUCUUUUUCUCCUCUCUCUCACUUUUUCUCUCUCUCCCUCUUUUUCGUCUUCUUUUCUCUUUCACUCUUUUUCUUUUUGCCCCAUCUCCCUUUUGCUGCUCACUCUCUUUCUAUCUCUUUCUCUCUGUAUUCCUUUUCUUUUCUCUCUCUCUCUCUCUCUCUCUCUCUCUCUCUCUCUCUCUCUCCUCGUGUACAUUAGCCCAGCUUCACCAGAUUAGGCGGCUUAGACUGCUCGCUUACAGCGACGGCUGAUUGGGUUUGACAGUGGGCGGAGCUACCUAGCAGCAGUGGGCGGGGCCAGCAGCUCUAUUAACGUCUUCAGCACGUAUAAUGACCUGUUUCUGUGGCCAUAAAUCUGAAGCAGGUUAGUUCUCAGGUAUUCCACAGCAAAACGAGGACGGCGUGGAGCUCCAUCACCAUUACAGUCACUCUACUUCCACCCAAAACUCGCUUCGUUUAUUUCUGUCUUAUGAAAGUAAAUGGCCUUAGAUCAUUUCUGCCCCCAUCCCAGCAUGACCGCCCCUCUUUAUUUCUUACCCACCCAAAGAGAGCAAAACUAAUCUAGGAAAAUGACCAAAGACCGUAUUGUCUUGCUUAUGCUGCCAACUGCCAUCAAAAACAGGUUUAGGGAAGUUUUCCCCUCCUCUCUGGUUGAAAACCGAUGCUCGAAACCCCCGAACGUGCUGGCGUUUUCAGGUCUGGCCUUGUUUUUACUUGAAUCAGGAAGCAGGCGGUGUUUGAAAAUCGUAACGUGGGUCUAAUCAGAGCCGAAGACUGACGCAGAUUUUUGCCCGGGCCUAAACUACACCGAUAGCACAACUCCUUUAUUUAUUUCUGUCUUAUUUCUGUGAUGCUGAGUUUGAAACAUGGAAAUAAACAUUUAUCUGUAGCUGUUAUAAUAUAUAUAAAUAUAAAUAUAAAAAAAACAACAAAAAACAAUCUGUAUCGUUCGGUGUUGUACUGUGGGGAAUAUCUGGGGGACGGGGGUCCAGUUUUUUUUCAGGUACGCCCCAAAAAAAUAGUCCAAAUUUGACACAAUUUCGAAAGAAUUUAAAAUUUGGGUGACUGCUAUGUCAGACGGUGGUAAAUUAAAGGGGUGGAAGUGAUCGGAACACUUAUUGGGGUAGGACUCGUGAUACACGAUGGACAGAAGGGUUGUCCUAGGAAUCGCGCGGCGAGGAUCCUGAAAGAGGACUAAUAGAACUUGAUGUGUGUUUUCUGUUUUUCUUUUUUUUAUUAUUAUUAUUAUUAUUAUUAUUUGUUGUUGUUUUACGUGUGUGUAUGAAGCCAUUUCUCCGUCUUGAUAUUUAUUUUUAUUUGGUGUUUGGACGGAGGGGGAACAGGCACGGGUAAUUUGUCCGUUCAGUUGAAGUUAGCGCGUCCUCUUCACUGGAGGGACCAAAAGGGGGCGCUGUAACUUCAGCACAGCGGCUACGAAACCGCAACGAUUUGUCCAUCGCGCACGCCGUCCGUUUACGUUGACCUGUUUACCUUUUUUUUUUCCAAGCAGAAAUUAGUCAGGGCACAGCCUGCUUCUGCUUUUUUUCGUAAAAAGAGGACUUUUAUUUUGUAAUUUUGUGUCAUCUUUUCUUUCUGUGUUUUACGGCGAGAAUGAGGACCUAGUAGAAACGUAAUAACGGAAACGGAGGCCUGCCUUAUUAAAGGCCAGCGUGUCGGAGCGUUUCCAGAAUAACGUGUACAGAAAAGAAAGCGAGACAACAACAAUUCACGUAGAUGCCGUCGCUUCGGAGCGGGAAUCGUCUCAAAUGGGAAGGCUGGCUUUUGGAAUAGUGGGCGGAGCUAAAGCCGAUUCGGAAGGGAGGCUGGUUUAAGCCUGCAGGGUUCAGUGCUCUGGUCAGUUAGGAACCAAUUUGCUUUUGUAUUCUAUUUAAUUUCCUUAUUUAUUUCAUUUGCGCUCUUAAAAAGACGGUUCUGCAAGGGUUCUGUAGUGGAGACAGUGGUUCUGUUUGGAACCGUGAGUUCUAUAUAGGACCGUUUCAUGCUUGAAUGGUUCUCUGCAUGGUGAAAUGGCUCUUCAGACUGCUGGAGAGUGUGGUUGUAUGUGGUUCUCUUUAGCACCAAAAAAGGGUUCUUCUGUUGUUACGGUAGAAGAACCCUUUUUGGUGCUAUAUAGGACCAAACGGUUCUUUAUAGAACCAUAUGCAUACGUUCUCCAUCAGUCUGAAGAAGUGUUUCACCAUGCAAAUGGUUCAUGUUUCUAAGUAGAACCACUGCCUUCACUAAAGAACCUUUGCAGAACCGCCUUGUUUGGAGAAAGCUUGGAGAAAGGGACGUAGGUUAGCAUCGCCUCUGCUCGCCUGGCCUCUUUCGGAGGGACCGGGCCGGGGGAACACGGGCGAUGCGCUCUUCACUGUUAUUUUAUUAUUUUAUUUCAUUUUAUUGUUUUAUUUAUUUAUUUAUGUUUCGAUGUUUUCAUUUCCAAUGUUUUGAAUAUUUACACCGGGUGAGGUACCAUGUUACAGGAAACCAUUUGAGAACCAGACAUACAUGGCAAACAAUUGUAGAGUAAAUCUGUCAAUGUCUAAUUAUACUGAUGAACAUCUUGGGAAAAUAUAUAUAUAAAUAUACAUAUAUAUUGGAAAAAAAGACAAUUAUGACGACCUGUGUUUAUUGUUCCGAGUUAGAAAUUAAAAUGUGUGUGUGUUUGAAAAACAAUGACAACAUUAAACAAAAGAAAUAUGAUAUAAAAAAAA